UUGGGGGGACUGCGCAUGCGCGCUCCCGUCGCUGAGGAAACGCCUGGCCGGGGCAGGAGAGGAAGGGGGAAGUAGGCCGCGGUGGGAGCCGGGGCCUCGCGUAGAUGUCUUCCCCGGAGGAGGCGCGGGUGGCGCCGGUGUCGGCGGCGGACCUUCCUCCGGAGUGGGAGGCGGACGAGGAGCGGAUGGCGUUCCUCUUCUCGGCCUUCAAGCAGAGCCGCGAGGUGAACGCCACCGAGUGGGACAGCAAGAUGGGCUUCUGGAGCGAGCUGGUGCUGAAGUGGGGCCGGCGCCGCCGCCUUGGAGGGGUCCGCACCUGCCUCCGGGAGCUGCAGCAGGCCUUCGAGCGGCGGGGGAGCCUCCCCCUCGGCCUCGGCACCGUCCUCCGGGAGAUGCUCAGGCGGGGCAAGUUGCAGAGGGAGUCUGACUUCAUGGCCAGCGUGGACAGCAGCUGGAUCUCUUGGGGCGUCGGGGUUUUCAUCCUGAAGCCCCUGAAGUGGACGCUCUCUAGUGUCCUUGGAGACAACAAAGUGCCGGAGGAGGAGGAAGUUCUGAUUUAUGUGGAGUUGCUUCAGGAAAAGGCGGAAGAAGUGUACCACCUCUACCAGAAUUCCACACUUUCAUCCCAUCCUGUUGUCGGCCUGUCAGAGCUGCGUUCCCUUUGCACCAGCAUCUGUCCCGAUGAAAGGACGUUCUGCCUAGUUCUGCUCCAGCUGCAGAAGGAAAAGAGGGUCACCGUUUUGGAGCAAAAUGGCAGCAAGAUCAUGAAAUUUGCUCGAGGACUUCACGCCAAAGUUUCUCCUGUGAAUGAUGUGGACAUUGGGGUCUAUCAGCUGAUGCAGAGUGAACAGCUUCUGUCACAGAAAGUGGAGUCCUUGGCCCAAGAAGCAGAGAGAUAUAAAGAGGAAGCUCGGAGUGCGUGUCGAAGUGGGAAAAAGCAGCUGGCGCUUAGAUGUUUGAAAUCCCGACGAAGAACAGAAAGACGCAUCACAGAACUUCACUCUAAACUAGAUGUGGUACAAGGCAUCCUGGAUCGGAUAUACGCCUCUCAGACAGAUCAGAUGGUAUUUAAUGCCUACCAGGCUGGAGUUGGAGCUCUCAAGCUGUCCAUGAAAGAUGUCACCGUGGAAAAAGCAGAGAACCUGGUGGAUCAGAUUCAAGAGCUUUGUGACACUCAGGAUGAAGUAGCCCAAACCUUGGCAGGAGUGGGACUCAAUGGCUCAGAAGCUGAUUCUGAGGAAUUGGAAAAGGAACUGGACAGUCUCCUCUUGGACUUCUCGAAAGAUGACCUGGACCUGCCUCCUGUUCCAGAGAAGCCAUUGCUUCAUGCGUCUGUCCUGCUUCCCAGUAUCUCAGAUGCGGAGCUUGAAGCCGAAUUGGAGAAGCUCACAUUUUCAGAUGGAGGAUUGGAACAAAAGACUCAUUCAGACCCUUCUGGGCCCAAAAGAGCUCUGGAACUGCAUCUUUAAAGACUCUGUACCACCUUAAAAGCUAUAAAGAUGUCUUAUCUUUGCUGAACAUAACUGCAAAAUAACUUGUGGAAUGUGGGAUAAUGCCCCUUCUUACUAGACAGCACUUUUGUGAGAGGCAGGAUGUACUGCCCCGACAAUCCGUCGUCCUCUUUCGUGCCGAUCCCAGCUGCCGUUGCCGUUGUCUUUUCAGUGCCAAACUACUAUGUCUCUGGUUGCGUGUGUCACCCGUGUUUGCCCUUCUCUGGCAACACAAGCUCUCCUCCUGGGAUUGUAAUGUCUCACCUGACAUCUGCCAAUUUAACAGAACUUAUUCUAGUUGUGACGGCCGUUACGGAAAAUCGGAAGUGCCGUUCACUGUUCUCCUGGCAUCCAGUUCGUGUGAGUGGUUGUGCAAAACAUUAGGUGCACCUAAGAUCCUAACUGUGGUAGCCAGCUGUCGGCAACAGAUAGACACGCGCGUCGGUGGUCUUUCUCUCCUCUCUUAUUUGUGUUUUGCACGGUCGUGGACAACUUAGGUGUGUGCCAGUUUUGACGUAGGAGACUUCUAGUCGCUGUUCCUGCACAGGGAUAGCAUCGCCAAACACAAAGUUCGACUUUCUCCCUUUUUCUUCAAAAAUUAGUAUAGCCUUAAAGGGUUCGGAAACAAAGUUAUUUUCUGUUGAUGCUUUGAAUAUGGUAAAAAUCAUUCGAUGUUGGGAAAAAAGUGCCGGUCGGCUUACCUGCAAGAAGAACGGACGCUGGGCUCUCCUGCAACAUUUAGUGCUUCCUUUCGUGCUCUCAGGGGUUCGGUCGAAGUGUAUCGGUGGUGGAUUUGCAUCCCUUGAGAAGUGCACCUGCGUUGGGAGCCCUUCAGAAAUAGCAGAGCCUUAGAUUGAUGGCUUUGCACAUUGACAACUUACCUACAGGAUGCUGCUGUUUAACUUUUGACAUGGAAAUAAAUUAAUGUUUGUGGUGGAAAAGCGAAUGGAUAACAUGCCAGAUCGGAAUAGUUUUUCAUUACCUGGGGAGUGGGGGGGAGUGCAAUUGUUUGUCCCUUUUGCAGAUCACCUGUGUACACACAUGAUAGGGCAGGCACUCAGCCUGUUUUUGAUGUCAGUUGCUUGCUUUGUGGGCAAAACACUAAGCGUCCGAGGAAACUGCAAAUUGCCUGCCAAUCAGUGCCCUGUACCGUUCUCUGAAAUACACAAAGGAUGGGAACUGGAUGUAACGAGAAGCAGUGGCUGUCUAUAAGCAUACCACUUAUUCUGUAAUGGAUUAUGUGCUCUUAGGCAUAAUGGCCUUCUCGUUCUUUGACUGAAUGAGCUUUGAUUUCGUCAGUGUAGUAGGAAAUGUUUUAUGAGGGAAAGAAAAAAGUGGCCAGAAUUGGGAGAAGGGAAAUAGCGUGUGUCUUCAGAGUGUGGUUCCCCACAAGCUCCUCCUGGGCCGCUUUACCUCUGUCUUACACAAAUGAUCGCCUCACAUGGCCUUGUGGUUGAAAAGCAGAUGAAAAGGUUGUGUUAAACAAUUUUGUGUUGUUCUUCACUUUUUUAGA